AAUGAUCCUGAGUCUCUUCUUCUCGUGUUAGUUCGCUGUUUGUCUCUGUGUUCUGUCGUCAAAGAUCGAGUCUGGAAGGGUGUCACCGAGUCGAACACCCUGACCUCCGCCCUUUUGUCUGUCGUUACUACCUCUCCUUCUCAUGUCUUCUUCUCGUCCGACGUCGAAAUAUUCUCCAAAUGAAUCUCCUACUUCUCCUCAUGGCCACAAUCUCCUCUUUAUAGCGAUCAAAAGAGAAGGAGACAUAAUCGGAGUCAAGGCUUAUGCAUUUGGCCUUUUCUCCGAUGAAUCGGUCCGGAAUUCUCGGGCGAGUAUGAUGUCCAGUUCCCAAUUCGGUUCCUCUCGACCGACGACGCCCUUCGAACCACCACGAAGACCAACGUCGGCACAUACGUCGUUGAAUGCCGGCCGACCCUUUUCACCAGCAUCCGCUCUUUCGGUGCACGACUACCGUCUCAAGCAGCGAACGCCUCCAUCCCCUCCGCGGCCCGAGAUGAAACGAUUAAGACGAAGACCAGCGGUGCCCGAUUUCAAAAGAGCCGAGGGUGUGGCUCGUGCUUUCGAUAGCUCGAACUCGAACCUCGAUCGUGAGGGUACCAUCCGGCCUGUUUGGGGGAAUAUUAACGAUGAUAUAUUUCCACCGCGUCAUGCCGAUCUCAACAGGAGCAUGCUCAACAACGCGGGGAAACCAGGUAAAAUCACAGAAAUCCCAUUCGACUUUCCCAUGAUGCAUAAACCACUUAAUUUACCGAGUGCUACAUCCCCAUUCGCACUCAUGACCAUGGCUCCAACAUCACCGCCUCAGUCUCCGACCAUCGUCAAGAUGCAUGGCGUCUCGUUCGAAAUGGUCAACCCAUCCGGAAUGCCGAGCAUCCCGCCUGCGCCUCAUAUAGCAGAACUCUCCACUCCGUAUACCACACCACCUCGUGAAGGCCGAACUCACCAGCGACGACGACUGCACAAGUCUAAGUCGACUGCCGACACCAUGCGGAAACGUUCCCGUGCACAGCAUGGGCACAAUCGAGGCUCCCCGUCCAUCCAAGGCGCCCACCCUGAUACACUGUCCAACAGUGUUUCCACUCAUCCAAACCUAAGCAACCACUCCUUCCUAGACGCCAUCAAUCGCGCCGGGUCGACCGAUCCUGCACCCACACAUUAUCGCACGCCGUCACUCUCCCACAUCUCAUCCCUCUACUCUUCCCCAAGCCGGGACCAAAGCGCCUCAAGAUUGCGAGCACUACCCACGCCAUCACGGCCUCUACUUCAACUGCAAACGGAAAUGGAAGAAUUCCAACCCAACCCCAUGCUACCAAGCACUCCCACACCCCUACGCACACCCAGUCAACGGCCCUCCACCACCCGCGGCGCCACGGUUCAGGCUCUCAGCUUUUUAGACUUCGCUCCUGACCUGCCGCCGACCAGCAAAUGGAAGUAUCGUCCGCAUACGCCACCGAGACCUAAAGCUACCGAGGAGCUAGACUACUUUACCUCGAGGUUUCGGCGAUCACCAGCCUCGUCACCGAGGAGCGAAAUGGGCGAUGAAGAUUGGGGUGGACCACGUCGUCCAUCAGGGAUUAUGAUGACCAACAGCGGUACCUUCGUCAUGGGCGGCGAGAUCAGGGAAGCAGAACUAGACGUUUGGGGCGUGGCGAACGCUGCGAGAGAUUUCUUCUCGAUUUCACCAGCUCCGGGGGUCAAGCGGGCGGGAUUUGUUAUUCCCUAGCCGACUCGGGCAAAGGAUCAAGGAGGAUAUGAUUGAAAGAAACAUGGUGCCUUUUCUUUGUUCGCCUUUCAUUCGCAGCAUAACGACAGGCCGGGAUAUCGAGGUGCGACAUCACUGGGUUCGGGAAU